AUGCUAACGUUGGCGGUCGUCCUGAUACGUCGUUACUAUCUGCGUCGUGCUUAUUCUAACCGUCACGGGCACUUCUCUAUUAAUCUCGAGGAUGCUAGUUCAAUUCAGCAACAGCUUCAACAACAACAGGAGUUACAACAACAACAACAAAAAGAUGUCGGUAACAGUGGAAGAAGUGAAGAUUCAUUAUCACCAAGUUCGUUAUCAGGUAACAGCGACACACUGACGACAAGUUCACUGGUUACGACUUCAUCGACUUCGACUAUGACUACUCUUACACUAAGAGAAAACAGUCCGAAUGUCGUAAAUAAUAAGAUUGUACAACCAAACGCAGGUGGUGUUAUUAUAAAUAGCGAUAGUAAUACAAAUAGUCAUGAUAGCGAUAAUAAUGCACAGAUUCAUCAUUUUGAACAUCAACAUGACCUAUCGCUGAUAUCGGAGGAUGAGAAAGAAAAGAGUGUUGGUGACGAUGAAUACGACAUCUCACCAGACGCUUUGUUUAUAUUGGAGAUGAACAUAGAGUACAGGUCACUUGGCAAGCUUUUAUAUAUAAUUCCAAUCUACCAAGUAACAGUCUACCUAACAGGAUUCAUCGUAUUGUUGCUGGUGUCUAAUACAGGUGGCACAGUAGAGACGAUCAUCAAAACGAAUAAAGUCAAUACAUUCUGGUGGUCUUUCUUCAAUACGAUUUCAGCAUUCAACAACGUUGGCAUUACACUGCUAAACGACAACAUGAUACAACUAAAUAGAAGUUCGUUUGUACUGUUUGUAAUAUCAAUACUGAUAGUAAUGGGUAACACUCUGUUCCCUGUAAUACUUCGUUUUAUCAUAUUUAUAUUAAGAAAAAUUUCUAAAGAUCCAGAUCCUUAUGAACAUUUAUUGAAUAACCCACGUUCUGUAUCUUUGAUGGCAAUUCUCGAAGCCAAUGAAAAAGCGUUCGCAGGAAUGUCAUCUGGUGAUACCUUUGUAAACUAUCUAUUCCAUUCAAUUUCAACAAGAACUGGAGGAUUCAACUCGAUCGAUAUCAGUUUACUAUCGAAUUCAGUGUUGCUUUUAUUCAUUGGUUUGAUGUUUGUAUCGUCGUAUCCAUUUGUCAUUUCGUUGAAGGGUUCGGCGGUCAAUGGUAAAUAUGCAGCCGAGGAGAAAACUCGUGAGGUUAUGAAGGACCUGUUGAUUCGUGAUAUCUUUAUUCUCUACAUUUGUAUUUUGUUGAUCGGUAUCUUUGAGGAGACUCGUUUAGAUAUUCCAGACAACUCUUUCACCGUGUUCCACGUCAUGUUUGAAGUGGUCAGUGCUUUUGGUACAGUCGGUCUCACCAUGGGCAAUCCAAAGAUUCAGAGUUCAUUCUCGACGUUGCUCGGUGUCACAUCAAAGCUGAUCAUCAUCAUCGUGAUGCUACUCGGUAAGCAUCGUUCUCUACCAGACUCUGUUGAUAAUGCAGUUGCUAUCCAAGAUAAAGAUAUCCUUUCAAAGUUCCUAAGAAGAAAGUACAGACAAUAUAAAUAUUGA